AACCGCUCCGACGUCGUGGAGGGCACGCGGGCGUCUCUGCACCGUCUCGACAUAAAGUACGUGGACGUGAUCUACUGGCACUGCCCCCGACGCGGCCACGCCAUCGAGGAGACCGUGCGGGCGCUGAACCACAUCAUCGACAGGGGCUGGGCCUUCUACCGGGGGACCAGUGAGUGGUCCGCGCACCAGAUCACCGAGGCCUGGGGCGUCGCCAACCGCCUCGACCUCGUCGGACCCAUCGUCGAGCUUGUUUUCCGUCGCGAGGUUGAGGUCGAAUACCUGCCUCUUUACAGCACCUAUGGCUUGGGUCUUACCACAUGGAGCCCGCUAGCUUCUGGGGUUCUUACUGGCAAAUACAGCAAAGGGAACAUACCUCCCGAUGGUCGAUUUGCCUUAGAAAACUACAAG